GCGCAGGAAUCGGCUCAGGGCCAUGCUUCAAGAGGAGCAAGACCGGCUGGAGGCGGAGCUCAGGGAAGUUGUUCCUGACAGGAGCGCGUUGGCAAGUCAGCUGGUGCAAAAAACUGAAGAUCUCCGUACAGCGAGAGAGGAAAGAAGAAAAAAGCUUGCACAGGAGCUGCUGAAGGAACACUGGAAGAAAAACAACCCAGAUUUGCGAGAGGUCGAGUCAGCAUUACAUAAAGAUCAUGUUGUCAACCAAUGGCAGGAGCAGAUAUCGGAGAAGAAACAGCAAGAAGUGUCAGAGCAGGAAGAGAAGAGACGCUUUGAAAAUGAGUACGAGAGGACCCGAAAAGAGGCUCUGGAGAGGAUGAAGCAAGCAGAGGAGAAAAAGAACAUGGAGGAGCGGAAGAGGGCCGAAGAACUUCGCAAACAGAUGGAAGAACUGAAGCUGAGGGAAGAGGAGGCAACUCGUCUAAAGAAGGAGCAGGAGGCUCUGCUGCUCAAGCAGUGGGAGCUGGAGAAGAUGGAGGAAAAAAGGAGGGAGGUGGAGGAAAGGCGAAAGAAGUCUGAGAUGGGGCAUUUCUUGAUCCGGCAAUAUCGUGCUCAGCUGAAGAGGAGAGCCCAGCAAGUGCAGGAGGAACUGGAGGCUGACCGUAAGAUCCUGGCAGCCAUGCUGGAAGGAGAGCAGGAGGACAGGAAGAUAGAGACUGUACGAAGGGAAAGGGCCAUCGCUGACGCUGCCUGGAUGAAACGUGUGAUUGAAGAGCAGCUUCAGUUGGAGCAGGAGAGGGAGGCUGAGUUCGACAUCCUACACAGGGAAGAAGCUCAACGUGUUUGGGAGAAACGAGAAGCUCAGUGGGAGAAGGAGAGGAGAGCCAGAGAACGGCUCAUGCAAGAGGUGCUUGCGGGGAGACAGCAACAGCUGGAGCUGAAGAUGCAGAACAACCGCAAGGCUCAGGAGGAGUCCCUGAGGAGACGAGAAGAGCUGAUCCAAGAGCUGGAGCUGGAGAGGGAGAUCAGACGGCAGGAGAUGGAGCGAGAAGAGGGCCGUAGGACAGCACGGAUGCAAGAGAUAAAUGCUCAGGUGGAGCAGCAGCGCCAAGAGCAGUGGGAGGAGCAGCGCAUGAGAGAGGAGGAGGAAGAGGAGGAGAGGGAGGCUCUUAAAAUGCAGGAGGAGGAGCUGAGGAUGGAAAUGCAGAGGAUGGCCAAGAAAGGAUACCAGGGGAAGAUUCACAGCAGACCUCGAUCAGCCUGGACAUGAGACAUCUGCAAGACUGAAAUCCAAUCAAUUUAAUAUUUUAUAAGUAAUGAGCUUUAAAGAAUAGUGUCACAUUUCUGUGUGUCUUAAAACAAAACUCAUAGGCCCAUAUGUUCAUCAUCCACAGUGUGUGGUCACUGUAGUUGUUCCUCCUGUCCAUACUGGCUGUUAGGAGGUUCCUUCUUAAAGUGAUUCCAAGUAAAUAAAGGACAAAAUCCACAGUCCUGAUUCAGUGUAAACAUGCAUUUCAAAGUUUAUCAAAUCAACUGUGGAUUUGUUAUUCUUUCCCUCUUUUCGAUCUCUUCCUGUACUGCGUGCAGUGGAGGGACAGUAACACAAGAAGGGAAUUGUGCACUCAAAAGAUUAGAACUUUGGAAGAGGCCCACAUGAUUUCACAACUUUAAAAUGCAUUUUUGCACAGUUCAAAGACUGUGAGUUGUGUCCCCCUUCUCUUACAUUGGAACUGCGAUCUGAAGAGGUACUUUCCCAGCCAGUAUGGAGAACAAGAACAAUUUCAUCCACCUCUUUAAAUGUAAAAGGACGUGUGAGUAAUGUUUUAAAACACGUGAACAUUUGUGAACCUGUGCCUUUUAAAAACUGAAGCGUUCAUGUAGGUUAUGAGGACAUAUAUUGAAGUGCCAUCUAGAUGUUGAUAAUUUAAUGCUGGUUGUUUGCAUAUGUAGAAAAGAAUAGAUUUUUUUGCACUUUUAGAUCUGUAUAUUUUCUAUCCUGACUUUUUUUAAUAAAACUGAUAAAACAAAUAAAUUGAGUAUUUU